AUGGCAACCUCCACCGAUAUCUUGAGCGGCAUCCAGCCUCAACAUAACAACACUAAAGUCAUCCUCUACAGCUUGAUCAUAGCAUUGGCAGCAUGCUCCUUCGGCUUCGACCAAGCCACCACAGGCGGCUUCCUGGCCAUGCCCGCUUUCCACCGUGACUUCGGCACCUACAGCCCUCAACUCGGCACCUACGCCAUGACCGCCCACCAUCAAACCCUCAUGUACGGCCUCGAAGUCGUCUUCAUCGUGAUCGGCUCGACCGCCGCUGGCUGGCUAUCCAACUUCCACGGCCGGAAAGUCGGCCUCUACCUGUGUGCCAUCGCCACCAUCGUUGGGGCCGCGCUACAAAUGCCACCACACUACGCCGUCAUGGUCGUCGGCCGCUGCAUCAUGGGCCUGGCCAUCGGCUUCGCAGCGACGUUCAGUAUCGCGUUCUGGAGCGAGAUCGCGCCGGCGCAUAUGCGUGGUGUGAUAGUCAUCUUCUAUCAGUUCUUCCUGAACAUUGCGAACUUUAUCGGUUCGUGUGUUGAUCAGGGCACGCAUGGGAUCAUGAAUGGUUGGGCCUAUCGAGCACCGUUGCUGACAAUGAUGGGGCCGCCGUUGCUGAUGAUCGGGUUGGUGUGGCUGGUUCCAGAGUCGCCGAGGUAUUUGGUCACGAGGGAUCGUAACGACAAGGCCAGGACGAAUCUGCAGAAGCUCCGUGGAGAGUCGUACACGGAUGCGGAGAUCGAUGCAGAAAUCGAAGCCACCAUUAAAUUCACCGCACUUGAGAGGCAGAUUGAUGCUUCAACAUCAUACCUGGAUUGCUUCAGGGGCACCGACCGGCGACGCACGCUGAUUGCUAUCAUGAUGAUGGUAGGGCAACAAUUCAUGGGUGUUGCGUUCCUUGCUGGGUACAUGACUUACUUCUUUGCUCUGGUCGGCUUCACGGAUGCGUUCAUCGUCAGCGUCAUCACCAAUGCUGUCGCAAUCGCCGGAACAUUCGCGGCGUUUCCAAUCGUUAAGUACUGUGGUCGUCGGCGCACCAUGAUCACCGGAGCCUUUGUCAACUCCUUCUGCUUGCUGUCAUUCGCAAGCAUAAACGAGGCACAUCCUGGGAGUCCAGCGGCAGCAAAGUGUCUCAUCGCCUUCAUCUGCAUCUUCUCUUUCACCUACUCGGCAACGUGGGGCUCGAUUGGUCCCAUCGUCAUCGGUGAGGUGCCCUCGAAUGCUCGACGAUCCAAGACAGUCUCCAUCGCUCUCGGCGCGUCUUUCUUGGUGGCGCUCACAGUCAUCACAUCCAUUCCUUACCUGAUUGGUCCGACAUAUCUAAAUCUCGGCACCAAAAUUGGGUUCGUGUUUGGUGGGCUUACCGUGCUUGUAACAAUUGGUACGAUCUUCUUCCUGCCGGAGACUCGUGAUCGCACUUUGGAGGAGAUUGAUGAGAUGUUCCUGAACCGCAUCCCUACUCGCCAAUUCAGAACAUAUGUCUGCACACAGCGGGUUGCAGGCUAUGAUCUCUCCGGAGAUCAAAUGGUACAGAAAGCGGAUCUGGCGGAGAUCGAGGAGGUGCCGAAGUCGGCUUGA